CCUGCGGCGGGGCCAACGAACGCACCUUCGUGGCCAUCAAACCGGACGGGGUCCAGCGGCACCUGGUCGGGGAGAUCAUCCGGCGGUUCGAGAGGAAGGGGCUGCAGCUGGUGGGGCUGAAGCUCCUGCAGGUGAACGACCCGGCCAUGG